AUGGCCAAACAGAAAUCCGGGGUCAGAGCUGGAAUUACAGGAACAGGGCGCAGCCAUAAUGUUCAGGUGUGUGAAAUACUGGCUGUCAGCAAGGCCGAAGAAGACAACACAAAGACCAGGAGUAAGAAAAAGGCUGAACACUCUCAGCAGUAUCCCCAUGAAUUCACAGUUUCUUACAUGAUGAGGACAAGGCAACACCAGUGGCGAUGUAGUGAUGUCACCUUUCACUGUCCCAACCAGGGACUCUGUGAGCAGUGGAUCACAGUUAUCAAUGAGCAGCUGUCACUACUCACCAACCGCCCGAAAAGCCUUCUGGUGUACAUCAAUCCCUAUGGGGGAAAGCAGCGUGGGAAGCGUAUUUACGAGCAGAAGGUGGCUCCACUGUUUCACCGUGCCUGCAUCUCGGCUGACGUGAUUGUUACUGAGCAUGCCAAUCAUGCCAGGGACCACUUAAAAACGGAGGCAAGUCUAGAGAAAUAUGAUGGGGUCGUGUGUGUGGGUGGAGAUGGGAUGUUCAGCGAGAUCCUGCAUGGGUUGGUCACCAGGGUCCAAACUGAUCACGGUGUGGACCAGAAUCAACCAGAUGCUGAGUUGGUGCCAUGUUCUCUACGCAUUGGGAUCAUUCCUGCAGGUUCCACUGAUUGUAUCUGCUUUGCUACAGUAGGAGUCAACGAUCCAGUUACUUCUGCUUUACACAUCAUUAUAGGCGAUUCCCAACCAGUGGAUGUAUGUUCAGUUCACCACAAGGAUAUCUUCCUCAGAUACUCAGUCUCAUUGCUUGGCUAUGGUUUCUAUGGAGACCUACUGACAGACAGUGAAAGGAAGAGAUGGCUGGGUCCUGCUAGAUAUGACCUGUCAGGGUUAAAAACCUUUCUGAGCCACAACUACUAUGAAGGCACCAUCUCUUUCCUCCCUGCCGAGGAUGCCGUGGGGAGCCCCAGGGACAAGCUGCAGUGUCGAUCUGGGUGCCAUGUCUGUCAGCACAAGCUUUCAUCAAAGGACAAGCAGUGGGACAUAUCAGAGAGGGAAAAGCCUGAUAAAGAUGGCAGUGGUUGGAAUGUGAUGCGUGGAAAGUUUAUUGCCAUCAAUGCAGCCAAUAUGAGCUGUGCGUGUCCCCGCAGUCCUAAAGGCUUGUCGCCUUCGGCCCACCUCGCUGACGGCACAUUGGACUUAAUCCUUGUCAGGAAAUGUUCCCGUUUGGACUUUUUCAGACACCUUCUUCGACAUAUCAACACAGAUGACCAGUUUGACCACUCAUUUGUGGAGGUCCACCGGGUGAGGAUGUUUCAUUUCCAGCCACUUUACCAAGAGUCGAUUUCACUGGACGAUCUGAACGAGACUCCAAAGAAGACAGGCUGCAGUCCCAUGUGCCCUGCUCCAACAGCCUGCAGCUACAACACUAUCUACAGCAGUUGGACCUGUGAUGGAGAGAUCCUGCCUCACGCUGCCAUCCAAGUCAGUGUCCAGUGCCAGUUGAUCCGCCUGUUUGCCCGCGGUAUCGAGGAGCAGUAGCAGCGGUGUGCUUCUGAAGUUCUCACUAUACACAAAAGUGAAAUUGGAAUGAAUCUUGAGAUGUGAUUUAACUCCACCAGCCAUAUAAGAGGAAAAAAAUACAGAGAGAUGUUACAUCACAUGAUUUCCCGAAGACCAAUAACUUCAGCUGCUGCCUUGCUGUCAUUUGGGGCUGUUAAUGUGCAAA